AUAGCAUUCCACAGGCGGAUGGUUCUAAUUUCCAACACAGGCCUUAUCCAUCUCAUCCACAUCCACAUCCUCCUCCCCCUCGACCUCCACCACAACAUCAAUACUCAUAUACAGAGCCGGGCCACCAUAUGAAGUCGCGUAGGGACGCUCCAUCAUACUCCCACAGAUCUCAUUACGUGCCAAAUUUUGAUGAAAGAAAUUUUCAUGAUAACCAUGAGAGAAUGAGGCAUGCACCAUAUGAAAAUCGAGAUAAUUGGAGAUAUCCACCUUCUUCGUCUUAUGGUUCAAGAUAUCAAGACAAACACAAAACCCCUUAUCCAUCCAGUUCAUACGAUGGUGGCCCUCCACGUGAGUCUGGAAGGCUCCAGAACCAGCGGUGGAAUCAUCCUCCUCGCCCAUAUAAUAACAGACACUCUUUUCACCCUAAGCCGCAUUCUGAAGGUCCUGUUCCAGUUGGAAUGAGAGAUCCGGGCAUGUGGCAUCAGAGAAGUGACUAGAAAAACUUGAGAGAAGACGGAAAUCGGUAAAGAGGACGGUGGUUUGAAGCAAAAAGCAAAAACACCGAGGUGAUGUGGCUCUAAUUUAAAAAGAGAACGGCUAUGUUGUUGUUGAGGUGAAAUAGUGAUAUGAUAAAGAAGUGAGUGUAUAUAUGAUAUGAUGUUUCUUUUGGAAUCAGAAUCUCAUGCAAAGCAGGGAGUGGGAUGGUUAAAAAGCCAUUUGUAGUAAUUGAGAGGAGUUUAGUAAUUUAUCUGCUCUCCUCUGUUACCCUUAUUGUUUUAAUUUUAUUUUAUUUUUGUCAACAUUUUUUUCUUAUGUGGGUUUUUUUGACCUCUGAGUGUAUGAUGUAUAUUUGAUCUCUUAGAAUAAUAUUUCAGCUGAAUAGUUGCUACAUUUUUUAUGAGGUGCAUGAUUGGGGUAGA